GUUUCCUCUUUACACAUAAAUGCACUCGCUCACUUCCUUAAAUAGACGUCUAAUCUGAAGUCGAACUUUUGGUGGAAUGAACUUUUGGUGGAAUAUGAAGAAUUGCACACUUUGUAAAAAAAUGGUCUUGUGUCUAGCCAUAUAUACAGCUCUGUGUCACAACAGUGAACAAACGAGCAUUACAAUCCAUUCAGAGUACAACAAAACAGCCAUCCUGCCCUGUAUGGCUCUGUCUUACAGUAAAGAUUACACGUCCAUCACCUGGUACAAGCAGCUCCCAAAAGAAGAGGGCAUUAUAAGAAAUUCAAGGAGGCUAAACAUAACACAGCUAUAUAAGAAUUAUGAGAAUCGUACAGAUGUGAUCCUUACAGAAGAAGGUUCUCUUGUUCUGAUGAAAGUUAACUUUUCACAAGCAGGCCGAUACAAGUGUUACCUGGCUGGAAAAGUUGGAUACAAAAACAAUGAUUCAAUUGUCACGCUGAAUGUGACAGAGUGUGUUACUGAAACAACACCAGCCCUAGAUAUCACCACUGAAUAUUUUCUUCAUUCCACAAAAAUGAACUCAUCUAUGCUGGUUUUGCCUGUGGAUGUGACCCCCAUGUCUGUCCUGGCUUGGUUCUUCAGUCUAAGUCUGAGCAAAUCUCUACUCUGUUUUGCAUGUGUGUGGGGCAUGGCAAAGUAUAAGAAACAACAAAGAAGAAAAUUAUGGAGCUAACCAAGCGAGCGAAAAGAAUUCCUGACCUGGUGAUAAUACAACACCUACAUUUUGACAGCAAAUAGAUUAUGGAUCAAAAAAGUGUCUAGUGACAAAGAGGAACCAAAGCCGAGCUCAAACGAACCAAUAUCAGUGUGUCAGUUCAGGCUAAAUAUAUAAUACACAUGCACUAUCAUUUGAGGAAAUGAGAAAUCAAAUGAGAAAUGAGAAAUGAGACUAUCAUAAAUCCUAUUGCUCAUCAUCAUAAAAUGUGUAUGUUUGUAAUGUUGUACAAUAUACAGUGUAUUACAGUAACACUCAAGGAUAUUAUAGCCUAUGGUGCACAUAAGCUUUAAUAUUCUUAUAUAUCUAUGCAAUAUAUAAAACUUAGAGAUAUUAUAAACUGUGAUACAGGUAUGCCAUAAUAUCCUUAUAUGCCUAUGUAAUACUAAUAUUUGUAUAGCUAAAAAAUUUGUAUGUGAUGAAUAUUUAUUUAGUGAAAAUGCUUAUGUGGAGUUGUGCAGUUAUUUAUUUGCAUAAUAAAAAAGCGUAUUAUCCUAAGAAAAGUUUAAUAAAUCAUCUGAUUUGUAAUAAAAAAAGACAAGCACUCUGUGUAAAUAUAUAAAAAAUACACUUGCUGUAUUUACAAGCCUUCAGGUUCA